GCAAAUUCGAUUGCAACAGACCCAUCCAUUAAUUUCUCACCCAGUUUCUAUUCUCUAACCACAAUCUUAUUCUUCUCAAAAUUCCACCUCUCGUGGCUCCCAAAAACAAGGAUCUUUAUCAGUUAUUACUCCAUAAUUUUCAUUGAGUCUGUUGCUCCCAUUUUUCCAUUCUCUAUUGCUCCCAUCCCUUUCGUUUCAUACACUUUUCAAAGGGCGCUUCUUCCUCAUAGCUGGCAAAAUGGCAAAUGCAGCGUCUGGAAUGGCUGUGCAUGAUGACUGCAAACUGAGGUUCCAGGAGCUUAAAGCAAAGCGAGUCUACCGCUUCAUUACAUUCAAAAUUGAGCAACAACAAGUUGUGGUCGACAAAAUAGGGGAAUCUACGGAAAGCUAUGAUGAUUUUCAGGCCAGUUUGCCAGCUGAUGAGUGUCGUUAUGCCGUCUAUGAUUUUGAUUUCACAACUGAUGAGAAUUGCCAGAAAAGCAAGAUCUUCUUCAUUGCAUGGUCACCAGACACUUCAAAGGUGAGGAUGAAGAUGGUGUAUGCAAGUUCCAAGGAUAGAUUCAAGAGGGAGCUGGAUGGCAUUCAAGUCGAUAUGCAAGCAACUGAUCCAAGUGAAAUGAGCUUGGACCUUGUGAAAGCGCGAGCCUUCUAAGUCCCCCCCCCCCCCCCCCCUUUUGCUAUCUCAGCUCUCCUUCACAGUUAUAAAUUGCUUUUCUUUUCCUAACUAUUUGACAACAUUGGGGGCCAUUGUGUGUUAUUGCUUAUUUUAGCCUGGAUUCGACAACGAUUAAUCCAAAAUGGCAUGUAUUAUUACAAUGCAUCUUUCUUCCAAACAUUUUUUCAGUUUUCCAUUGAUCUUGGUUAGUUUCAAGAGGAAAUUAUGUGAGUGGCUGGUUCAAGAUCAAGUAGCAUCUAUCAUAGGUUGCCAAUCUUAUGUAAAAGCAUUUAUUAUAUGCACCUCUUUUUUACA